AUGCGUCGCAGAAAGUCCCAGAGACUAUCUUCUCUGGAAUCACCAAUGACAGAACCAGAGAUUACCCCCACAACCCCAGAAAUCAAACCCAUCCCUUCGGCAUCCGGUUCCUCCUCCGUUUUCCAUCCUUCUUUAUCCAUGGAGCCUGCUCUUGAACCCCCUCAACCGCUAGCAGAACGAGGAGAAAAUGAAAAUCUGGAAUGUGGCGGUGGCAGCCCAUGGCCUGAGACGCUAGAGACAGCGAAACGACGAAUUCAAUUAGUCGAACUUAUAACUCAAGGUCAUUAUGAGGAGGCGAUUCAGCGAUUGAACCACGAUUAUACCAAAUUGGUCGCGACUAUGCCUUCGAUCAUUUUUACGCUUAGGUGUCGUUAUUUCAUCGAACUGCUAUUCAACAAUCUUCGACCACCUGAAUCCGCAAACAGUGUCUCCACACAGUCUGAUUUUGCUACUCCUGCUAGAACUAAUCCCACCUCACCCAAGACAGAUUGUAAGAAGAACGGAAAGGCACUAGGACCUCAAAAACGCCCCUUGACUUGUUCACCCACUGACUGCUCGUUUUUGGGUAGUGGCUCAAUCAUACAGACGCCUGCAAUUCGCAGAAAAUGCGAGGGCACCAAUGGUAGUGUGAAUGGAAAUGUUUGGGAUGAGGUGGGAAAAAACGACGAUAUUCACAUUGAAUGCGUUCCUCAAGAAAAUGGAGCAAUUGCCAUGUUUCAAAAAUCCAGACCAGCAAUUCAGAAUGGUGUCGCCUUAAAGGAGAAGAGGAAGAUUCUUACCGCUGUCCCUAGAAGUUUUGCCAAAAGUGCAUCACUAACUCCAGUAGAUACUGAUCAUAAGGCUCCCAUCCAGAAUGGAGUUGUUAAGCAUGAUGAUCCUCCCAAUUCUGCCGUUCCUAAUCACAACUCAGUUGCUGUGGUGUCAAACGCUGCGAUGGAGAACCCAUCAGAUCUCGGCGGAAUCGUCAAAAUGGGCCGGGAACUGCGAGACUCUGCUCGAGAACUGCAGUCUAAAAACGUGCUCUCUAUGAGCCAACUAACCCUACUGCAGGACGCUUUUUCUCUGAUCGCCUAUGAAAAUCCCCUCGAGAGUCCUUUUGCAGAUUUAAUUCAUCCCAGACAUAGGAAAAUCCUUGCCGAUUCUGUUAGCAAUGCUAUUUUAAUGAAUAUGGGUAAGGCACGAUAUCCCCUCUUGGAGCUCGGAAUAGGAUUAUUGGAAGACAUUGUGAUGGAUGGCCAAGGUGGAAGUCGAUCCGGACUGUUUUCAGAUUUCCCAAAGUCGGCACACUAUCGAAAACCUCACAAUCAUACUAGUACAUCUUCAGCAGGCAGCACUGUAACCCCUUCGCACACGGUAGCCACCUCAUUCACUAUCCCCUCGGCGUCAGCUAUCUACGCAACAGCAACGGCUGCUACGUCAUCGUCCUCCAGAGGACAUCGCCAUCACCAUAGAUCUGCCACCUCGUCAUUGGUCGUGACGUCAACCACAACGACCACGUCGAAUACAUCGGCAGUAAGUAGUGGAGCACGAUCUCCUCUUCCUCUGCUCGCCAAUUUUCCCUCGCCUAUUACCGCUUCUUCGACUGCAUCUUCAUCCCACCUUCGGCAUAGAUCAUCCUCUGGGCGAAGACUCCGAAACACUAUUGUGCAGAGCUCCCCCAGAGAUAUUCAAGGACCCUCAACAUCGACGGCUGUAGCAACGGGAGGAAGUGCAGACGAGGGAUCUCUGAGUGAGGUCAUUGUUAGUGGACUUGGUACGGGAGUUGAUUGGCCAGAAGAAAUGACGGUUGCCACGGCAACGGUCGUUGCAUCGACAGCUGAUCAUGAACUUCGAGAGACUGAAGGUGGCGAAGUAGAGGAAGUGCUGGUGUUCUCUGAAGGAGGCAGGCGAACCCGAGUAGAUCGAUAUACGCCCUCUAGGUCACAACAGUUACCAUCCACACCACCACCGCCUCCACCACAAUUAAUGAUGGGAGGACAGAAUGGUGGUGGUGGGACAGAUGUUAGGGCUGGAGGCUCGGAAUUGGCUGGGUUCUUUCAUCCCAUUCUCUUUGUACCUCAUUGA